UCUUGGAUUUGGAGCAAAAGGCAUUGAGAGAAGAACAGAAGAGAGAGAAAAGGAAGUGUUUUUUUUUUUUGAGAGAGAGAAGGAUGGCUCUAAAUCCAAGCACUUUAUUCUCUUCAAAUUGGAUACUUUGCUGCACUGCUUGGAACUACUGAGGUUUUGAAGGAGAGCCUUGUCUUCCCUCCCUCACUAUUCCUCUUCUUGUUGCCUUGUUUCUUCUCAUCAGUGUCUCACAUUGCUUGAGUUGUUAGCCAGAUCCCAUUUUCUUCUCUUCUUCCUGCUUGUUUUCAUUCCUGUGUCUUUUGUUUUCAAGCAAGUGCUGGUGUUGUGAUUGUUUUUCUUGGAAAGGUUGUAGCUUGAUCUGUUAAUGUGUGGAGUUUUGGGCUUUUUGUUCUCCCAGUCAGAGCAUGAGCCAAAGUUCCCAUCUUUCUUUCCUGUUUGCUAACAAGUGCUGAUCUUUCAUCUGUUUUCCUUCAAAAGUUUGCAUCUUGAUCAGCAUCAUCCUUAGAGUUUUGACAUAGUGAGAGUGAUUGAAUCUCAAAAACUAUUUAGGGGGUGGGGGAAACCAUCUCCUUGGAUGCAUGAAGAAGUUCUGAAACAAUGAGAGAUGAGAAUCCAAAGAAAAGCAAGCUCUCAUGGUCCAAGACUCUGGUUAAGAAGUGGUUCAAUAUCAAGAGCAAAGGUCAGGAUUUUCAUGCAGAUGAUGUGCUUGGCAGAGAAAACGGAGAAUGGAGUACCAGUUUCUCAGAGAGAGAGGCAUCCACGGUCAAGAAAAGUAGAACAGAUAGAUGCUCCAAGAGGCACUCUGAUCGAGUUCGGCGCGGAAUGUUUGAUUUCGAUACAACUCAAGCAACAGAUGUUCAGGAUUACAGGAUCUUUGUCGCAACAUGGAAUGUAGGUGGGAAAUCCCCUCCUAAUUAUCUGAAACUUCAGGAUUGGCUUCAUACAUCACCUCCGGCCGAUAUAUAUGUUCUUGGGUUUCAGGAAAUUGUUCCACUGAAUGCUGGAAAUGUUCUAGGAACUGAAGACAAUGGCCCGGCGAAGAAAUGGUUGGCUCUUAUUAGAAAGACACUGAACAACCUUCCCGGUGUCAGUGGCAGCGGUAGUUAUCACACACCUUCUCCCGUUCCCGACCCCGUUGUUGAGCUUGAUGCUGACUUUGAAGGUUCAUCUACAAGACAAAAGAACACGUCAUUUUUCGCUCGUAGAUCAUUUCAGUCAUUGAGUCGUAGUUUGAGGAUUGAUGGAGAUAUCGUGGCUGCACAACCACGGCUUGAUCGCCGUUUUAGUGUUUGUGACCGAGUAAUGUAUGCUGGCAGGCCAAGUGAUUUUGAUCCUAAUUAUAGAUGGGGUGGCUCUUCUGACGAUGAGAAUAUCGGUGGGGAAUCACCGAAUACUGUUUGCUACUCGCCAAUGUCUUAUGGCCAUGGUGGUCAUUCAUCUUCCAUGGACGAGAGAGAUAGGUCAUCAGGGAACUCAAGGUAUUGUUUAGUGGCAAGCAAGCAGAUGGUUGGAAUAUUUCUGACAGUGUGGGUUCGAAGCGAAGUAAGGGAUGAUGUAAAAAACAUGAAGGUGUCGUGCGUUGGUCGGGGAUUGAUGGGUUAUCUAGGAAAUAAGGGUUCGAUUUCUAUCAGCAUGUCAUUACAUCAAACAACCUUCUGCUUCAUCUGUAGUCAUUUGACCUCUGGGGAGAAGGAGGGAGAUGAGCUACGACGAAACUCUGAUGUCAUGGAAAUUCUUAGGAAGACUAGAUUCCCUCAGGUUCAUGUUCGCGGUGAUGAGAAAUCACCGGAAACAAUUCUUGACCACGAUCGAAUAAUCUGGCUUGGGGAUUUGAAUUACCGAAUUGCGCUUUCGUAUCGCUCUGCAAAGGCUCUAGUAGAAAUGAGAAAUUGGAGAGCAUUACUAGAAAAAGAUCAGCUACGUAUUGAGCAAAGAUGUGGUCGUGUGUUCGCCGGUUGGCAUGAAGGAAGGAUAUACUUUCCUCCUACAUAUAAGUACUCUAAUAACUCCGAUCGAUAUGCCGGUGAUGACUUGCAUCCAAAGGAAAAGCGAAGAACACCUGCCUGGUGUGAUCGGAUACUGUGGUACGGUAGAGGCCUAAAUCAAUUGUCGUAUGUUCGAGGAGAAUCUAGAUUCUCUGAUCACCGGCCGGUUUGUGGCAUUUUCAUGGCAGAAGUUGAAUCAAUCAAUCGUAGCCGAAUCAAGAAAGGUGUAGGUUGUAGUUCUCGUGUUGAAGUUGAAGAACUAUUGCCAUACUCAUACUCAAAUAACUACACCGAUCUCCAUUUUUAUUAGAAGGCGUCGUCUUUCAUUGAUCAAAUAGAACAACGAAAGCUGCCAAUGACUGUUUCUAAUCUUUCUCUGAAGGAGAAGCUUCAACUUCUGCAAAUUCUCUAGCCGGAAAGCUGUCAAGCAGACCGGUUAAAUUUUGUACUAACCAAGUUCAAAAAAUACUAAAAAAGAGAGACAGAUCAAAUCAAGCAGACAACAACUCAGCAAAACUACAUCAUCUUGAACGGUCUUGUUUUUCCAUCUUUGAUUCCAAGACACUGGGAAUAAAAAGCAAGCACAAGUUCAAGUAUCAAUUCUUUCCAUUUGUGAUUAUAAACUAAUGAUUCCUCUAACAAAUGUACUUUUGUUU